CUAGCGUUGUACAGUAAAAACCCAAUAUGGCAGAAAUGGUGGCUCUUGCACGGUAACUAAAGCAACAUUUCCACACAAACAGCGGGACGCACUUACAAUCGGUCGACACUCCUCACCGACCGCAAACAUGAGGGAGAAACAGAGGAAGAAGAAGGGACGGACAUGGGCAGAAGCAGCUAAAACGGUGUUGGAAAAGUACCCCAACACUCCCAUGAGCCACAAGGAGAUCCUCCAGGUUAUCCAGAGAGAGCGCCUGAAGGAGAUCAGAAGCGGGACGUCGCCCCUGGCCUGUCUGAACGCCAUGCUGCACACCAACUCCCGUGGGGAGGAGGGCAUCUUCUAUAAGGUUCCGGGCCGGAUGGGAGUCUACACACUCAAGAAAGACACAGCGGAUGUGGUGAAGGAGCUGUCAGAGGAAGGUUCAGAGGACAGCAGUGAUAAUCUUUCUGACAGCCGCAGCACUGAGAACAGUAGCAGCAACAACAGCAAGGAGGGCAGGAGGGGCAGAUGGCGAAGGAGGGUGCCGGCCAAGCUGAAGUCCCAGCCCUCCUCCCCACAGUCGCGCUGCUCCUCCCCCUCUGUCCCCUCCAGUAAGCUCAUCUCGCCCUCCCAGAAGCACAGCAAGAAGGCCCUUAAGCAGGCACUGAAGCAGCAGCAGCAGAGGAACCAGCGGAGGCAGUGUGUGAUGGCGUCCGGCUCAAGCCCACGGCUUCUGCUGAAGAGUGUGAAGGGUCUGGCCGACAGCGUGGACGCCAAGCCAGGUAGCGCAGAUUACCCACAAUCCAUCUCUGCAGCCCACUCAGCCAUCACAGCCUACCCACGCUUACGUUCAUCCGUCUCCGGCAAGACAGCGUGGGAGCUGAAGCAGGUGGAGCGCCCCCCUGCGAGUCCUCAGAACUCCAGCUCGUCCUCUUCCUCGUCCUCAGCGAAGGCAGACUGUCCCCCUGCCGGCAGGAAGCUCUCUCAGCGGUCCAGCCGCCUCAGUGCACGGCAAAUGAAGCGCAGCCGGUGCGAGAUCGACGUGGAGACACCCGACUCCAUCCUGGUCAACACCAAUCUGCGUGCCCUCAUCAACAAGCACAACUUCUCCGCCCUGCCGCACGAGUGCCAGCUGAAGCUGCUCAAGCUGCUGCCCGAGGUGGACCAGCAGGCUUGCAUGGACGAUCCUGUCCUGAAGGUCACUAGCUCUGCCUUAAACAAUGAAUUCUUCACUUCGGCAGCCCAGUCCUGGAAGGAGCGACUCUCUGAAGGCGAGUUCACCCCUGAGCUGAGGUUGCGGAUGAGGCAGGAGAUAGAGAAGGAGAAGAAGGUGGAGCUGUGGAAGGAGCACUUCUUUGAGAACUACUACGGCGAGCACUCUGGUUUGGAUUUGGAAGAGUCCAGAGAGCUUCUUGAGGCUGAGGGCACUGAGGCUCCCUCUCCCUCCCAGGAGCGGACCAAGCUGUCCUGUAAACCCUCAACUGUACACGUCACCAGGGGCAAGCAGGAGCAGAGCCAAGACCUCCAACCAUCUCCCACAGAAUCAGUAUCCGAAUCAGAACCAGAGAAACCGUUCAGCCAGGCACCACCAAGCCCUGUACGGUCAGCUGAAUUGCCGCAGAGGGGUUCACAGGCAGCCCCAGAGGUCCCCCAUAGCCCCACACUCACACCAUCAAUACCACAGAAGGCAGAGGCCAGCCAUCCAGCAGUGCGGGAGGCCUCCACCCCAGAAGCAGCCCCUGCCCCUGCUCCUGCUUUAGCUCAGGAAGGACUCACUCCAGCUCCAUCCCUUACGCCAUCCCCUGUCUCAGCUCCCUCCCCAGCCACUAGUCCUCCUGCUCCUCCUGCUUCUGCUCCUCCUGCUCCUCCUGCUCCUCCUGCUUCUGCUCCUGCUCCUGCUCCUCCUGCUCCUGCUCCUGCUCCUGCUCCUGCUCCUCCUCCUGCUCCUGCUCCUGCUCCUCCUGCUCCUCCUGCUGCCACUGCUGCACCACUGGUCUCUGGCACUCCACGCAGAGAUGAGAAGGCCCAGGCUGCUCGCAAUGACAGCCCAGGAAGCGCAGCAGCAUUAGAGUGUCAUGUGGCCUCUCCUGCUCCGUCCACAUCCCAUGAGCUGUUGAAAAGGAAGUCCUCCGGCCAGCAGGAGGCAGAGGCGAGUCCUGAGAAAAAGCCAUGCCCAGCUCAGCCAGCAGGAGCCUCAUCAGUCACAGCAGCAGCAGCAGCAGCAUCAUCAUCAUCAUCAUCAUCAUCAUUAUCACCCCCCACCACCACCACCUCUUCAUCACUGCCGUUAUCUACAUCAGCGCCAGCAGUCACUCCCAGUAAAGAGCAGAGGGUACCUCCUCUCAUUAUCCCUGUAUCUCGUAUCCUGGCAGCAGCUGCUCCUCCCCCCAGUCCCGUGUCGCCCAGACCCCCCCUGGUGGUGGCCCCCCCUCGCUCAGGCCGCACAGGUGCCCGCACGCUGGCCGACAUCAAGGCCAAAGCGCAGCAGGCUCGCGCCCAGAGGACAGCCGCCGCUGCCGCCGCGGGCACCUCUCCCCGAGGGGCAGUGCCAGGGCCCGGACCUGGUGGGGGCAGCGCCCCCUCAACCCCCUCCUCGGUGUCCAGUGGGAGCGAGACGCCCUCUCCGGUCAAACUCAGCCCGGCGUCUCCAGCCUCCGCUGGCUGUCUCUCGCACACACACUCAGACAUCAGAGCUGCGUCUGGAUCGCACAGUCACCAGUUACACUCGCACAGCGUCUUCAAGCCCUCGCUCUCACACUCUCAGAGGCCUCCAGUGACUGGCCUCAUGGCAAACACAGCGGCGUCUCUCUCGCUUUGCGCCGCUCUCAAAUCCAACUCGUCCAUCCCGGCCAAUAACCCUCUGGUCACGCAGCUGCUGCAGGGCAAAGAGAUCCCCCUGGAGAAGAUCCUCCCCAAACCCCUGGCCCGGGGCGAGCUCCCCAAUCUGCCCACCUCCAGCACUGGGCACGAGGACCAAAGCAGACUCCGCCAGCAGGUCUUGGGUCAGCUGGUGAUGCCCGGUCAUCCAGGCACCUCUGGCCCGGUCAGGCCUGGGUUCAGAGCGGAGCAGCCUGUCUUUCAGCAGCCGCGGGAGACGCUCGACAAGGAGACCCAGGAGCAGAUCCUUCAGGUGUUCAUGCAGAGGAGCCAGCACGGCCAGCCGUACGGCCCUGCGGUCCCGCAGCAUGACCCUCGAGCGCUGGGCGUCCCGCCGCCACCUAGCUGCCAGGACCGGCCCUUCUUCCCCAUGGGGAUGCUGGGCCGCAAGCGCAGCUCCCGGCCGGCCAUGACGGGCCACUACCUGCUCAAUGUGUCCACCUAUGGCCGCUCGGAGAGCAGCAAGCGUGCGCACCUGUCUCUCCCGCAGGUGAGCCUGAAGACGGAGAGCCCCGAGGUGGGGGAGGUGCGCUUGAAGGAGGAGGAACCGGAGGAGAGAAGAGCGAUAGCGGAGGAGGAGGGGGAGGGGGGGAAGGGGGUGAAGAUGGAGGAGCCCGACAGCCCCCAGAGGUGCUCCUGGGUGAAGCAGGAGGCCGGGGUGGACAGUCAGAGUGCGGAGAUACAGAUGAGCAGCACCAGCACCAGCACCACACACAGCAGCAGUAACUCUGAGAGCCCCCAGGGCUGGGGCCCGUCGCUGGGCCCCUGCUACGGGGGCACCAUCAGCAUGUCCGUCCCCCCGGCUCUCAACCACGCCUCGGCCGGGUCCGCCCCCUCCUCGGCCGACGCCAGCAGCGGGAGCGUCAUGUCCUUCUCCGUCACCGUGACGACCAUCCCCGCCGGCCACCCGGGCAACCCAGGCGAGGACUCCCCUGAGCAGGUGUUCAUGGAAGGCGGCGCGAUGGAGGAGGUGCAGUCCAAGUGCUACUGCCGCCUCAAGGCCAUGAUCAUGUGCAAAGGCUGCGGGGCCUUCUGCCACGACGACUGCAUCGGGCCCUCCAAGCUCUGCGUCUCCUGCCUGGUGGUGCGGUGAUGGCGUGAGCGCAGGAGGUGCUCCGAUGACUUUGCAUGAAUGUGUGUGUGUUUGGAGAGAGGGUGCGCAGGUGUUGAGGAUCCGUUGGGACUGGAGCCGGAGUCGAGUGUAUCCUGCUCUGACUCCCGGUCUCAGCCGGGGAGUCGUCUCGCUAGCAGUUUGGAAGUUUAACAAGCACCUUGACUUAAAAACAAAAACAAAACCCUGAGGCACGACUUUGAGUAGUGGCAAUAUUUUCUAACUGAUGUUUUGCUCGAUAUUUUUUUUUAAUAUUGUUGAGGCAUUGUUGUUUUUGUUUAAAAAAAAAAAAAAAGGAAUAAAACAAGGGUAUUUUUGUAGAAACUAAAGGCCCACUAGGAAGCUCCUGUGAGGUUAAGCCACUGGGGACCCUUAUGCAGAAAACAGGGCGUGAGGCCUCCGACUGCACUCUCUGCUGUAGUCUCAGCGCUCUCCAGAGUCACCUGCGUGAGGAGCCGCCUUUGAGCCACUGCAGUACGUGCGCUAACUGCAUGACUGCUGGGUACAUGUGUAGAAGGCAGCGGUGGAGAGGGAUGGGGAUCUGCUUCAUCAGGUGAUGAAGCCACAGGACAGGCUUCAUCUUAAAGUACGGAGCUUUCCAAAAUCACACUCACCUCGAGAGACACAGAUGAAGGUUUAGAAAUGAGUGGACUUAUUUGAUCAAAACAGCUUGAUCAGUGAAGGUGGCAAUGGCAAUAAUUUGUUGAUUUUUUUUUCCUCUCCAAAAUAUUUAUAUUAGAUGCAAACUUCUAUCUAUAAAGAGAAAGAUAGAUCUGGAUUAUUUCAUUCGAUUGUCAAUCCAUACAGAGUUGAGCUAACUUUUCUUAAAAGGUUGCACGUCAUUUUUAAUUUUUUUUUUUUGUAGAAGAACUGCAGGGUUAAGGACUCCAGGUGCUUACAGUCCAAACUGAGAGAUGUGCAAGGACACGACAUGAUCUCUCUAAGACGUGUUUUCUCAGGAGUAAGGAGCCCAGGUCGUGCCAUUUCAGCAUAUUAAUGUGUGUGUGUGUGUGUGUGUGUAUGUGUGUGUGUGUGUGUCACUCUCGCGUUUCAUGAAACUGUGUGAACUGGUACUGCCUCCCUCAGCCAAGCUUUGGGAAAAUGUAGAUAAACUGUUCCGUACAAUCUGUCAGACGUUAAAAAAAUUUACCAAGAAAUAUACAGAAAAAAAAACUUUAUGUCCGUUUUUGUAGUAGCUGUGUGAUCAGUGAAGUAAUGCUUAACACUCAGAAGGGAGAAUAUGAAGAGUUGUGCUUCGAUGCUUUUUUGUAUUGUAAAUAUGGGCUUUUGUGGAGUUGUAUUGAGGAUUUAAAUUUUUCUAUGUUAAUUUUGUGUAUCUUGCUUAAUCAUAUCCAUGUUGACAUGCUUGAGUUUACCUUAAAAAAAAACUUAGAAGAAACAACAACAAAAAAAACAAUCACACUAUAGGUGUCUAAACGCUAAAUGUUGAACCAUAGAGCUGUCCUCAGACAAUUCAGAGUGAAGUCACAGAAGAGUUGGUCUAUUUUACUAUGUGUACAUCAACUUUCUGUAACACGGGUGUGCAUGCUGUGUCCAUCCUAAAAGAAACAUACCAAUCAUGUUUUAUAACGUCUACCAAGACCCUGAGACAAUUACAAACCUUCUUUUCUAUGUCAUUUCCAUGGUAAUAUACCAAAGUCGACUUAUGGAAAACUAAAUAUUCAGGAUUUUGUUUUUAAUGUCUGACUAGCUAAGCAAAGUAAUAUAUUUUAAGUAAUAUAUUUUAAUAACAAAAAAAAAUCUAUUUACGAAAUUGUUUUUAAAAGAAACAGGGUAUUUGUUAAAGCUCUAUAUUGACUGUCUCUUUGGUAAGCCUCUGUCCGGCUGGGACAGGCCUCUUUCUACAGACUUUUGUAACAGAACGUCCCUGACUGACCUUUCCUAUGUGGCCCUCCUUUUCUUAUUUCUGUAUUUUUGUAUGGAUGUAUUGUGUGUAUGUGUGUGUUGGUGACUCUAUCAUGGUAAUGUGAACUCUGACCUUUGACCUGUGUGUUAAGCGUAUGGUUAGGUGUGGGGUGGAAAGCCUCAGAGCUCAGUGCCAUAGAGAGGAAUAGUGUGAGGUGAGGGACAUCUCUGUAUAGAGGGAUUAUAGAGUCCACAUGGACACUAUAAAUAACAUUGUGUGUGUGUGUGUGUGUGUGUGUGUGUGUGUGUGUGUGUGUAUGGUGGUGGGUGGGUGGGUGUUUAGCUACCUGUGUAUAGGUGUGUGACUGUGUAUUGUAAAUGUCAGUGAAAAGCAUGUCUAAAAGGCUUAGUGAGGAACAUCUGGCUUUGAGUGAUAAAAAACACGAUUGUUGUGCAUUUUUUUAAUAUUUUGUUUUUAUUUUCUGUUCAGACGUUCCCUUCGAGUCAGACACAGUAGGCUAGUCCUGACCCCACCCUGAUCAAUCAGUGUCUGAUCUUCACUAGAGAGCUGUCUCUCCAGUUGGUAAUGUGUUGUGCACUGGGAGACUAGUGGCUCACAUAAGCAAGAAGCCACCCUAGCGACUGAGUAACUGGGUAAGUUGGUGAGCACGGAGCAAGGUAGACCAAUCAGGUGGCUUGAUCCUUUUGGCUUCUCAACACCAGUGUCAAAAAUGUCACACCCCACUUUUAGUGCUCAACCAACUAACCCUCUUUCAGAUGAAUGAAGCGGGAUGAAUGUGCAAGGAUUGGGGGGGGGGGGGGAGUGUGAUGUGUGUAGUUUUUUGUUGUGGGCAUUUUUAACAUUCUCCUGUUCACCCAGUGUGUGCGAUAUUCAUGUGGAAGCUUUCUGAAGACUCUGUAAAAACAAUACGAUGAAUGUAAUAUAGCAGUCCUAAUCAGCACUUGUAAACAAAGUGUAUUUUACCAUCAAAUAUUAUGAAUAAAUGACAAAGAAUGAAACUCUUGAA